GGCUCUUAGACAAAUUUAUCCCUACUGAAGUAUAUAUCAUCCAAUCAUCGUUCCCGUAUUAGAAAUGUACAUCUUCAGCAGAAAACAAAAUGGAAGGCAAUAAAGACGACAGUGUAAAAUGUAUUCGUAUUGCAGAGGGUUGUAUUGCAUCUGGAGACCAUGAAAAGGCUAUAAAAUUUCUUAACAAAGCAGAGAGACUUUAUCCCACUCAAAAGGCAAAAGAUUUACUUGAAGAAGUAAAAAACAUGAGUGAGAACACGGACAAGGGAGGAGGGACAGAGCCAACAAUGAAUGGUCCCAGAAAAAGGCGUGGUAGUGUGGGUAGGGACACAACAGAUGGUGGCACCGAGGUUGUCCAUGAGAAGGAGUAUUCAGAGGAACAACUUGUGCUGGUCAAACGGGUUCAAAAGUGUAAGGAUUACUAUGAAGUACUGAGUGUUGAGAAAGAGGCAAGUGAAGGUGAUUUAAAGAAAGCGUACAGAAAACUCGCCUUACAGAUGCAUCCGGACAAGAACAAGGCGCCAGGGGCCACUGAAGCUUUUAAGGCUGUUGGCAAUGCGUAUGCUGUGUUGAGUGAUCCAGCCAAGAGGAAGAAGUAUGAUGUGUAUGGUCCUGAUGAGGAAAAACGCAGUAGUCGUUCUGGCGAAUAUCAGUAUGACUACUCACACGGCUUUGAAGGUGAUAUAUCUCCAGAAGAACUAUUCAACAUGUUUUUUGGAGGUGCAGGGCAUGUAUACCAACGACGAUCUCGUCACUCCCAUAUUCACAGGCAGCAAUUUAGAUAUUCUUCUAGAGAGUCCUCUAGCGAUGGCAGUGGGACAUUGUUUCUCCAGUUGGCUCCCAUCCUGCUACUUGUGGUUAUAUCCCUUCUUAGCAGCCUGUUUGUGUCCGACCCUGUCUUCAGCCUUCAACGAUCAGAUAAAUAUUCAGCUCAGAGAAAAAGCCAGAACUUGAAAAUUCCCUAUUAUGUAAAGCAAGAUUUUGUGUCCAAUUUUGCUGGUGAUUUACGGCGUAUAGAAAGACAGGUGGAAGAAGAAUUUGUAUCAAAUUUACGGCAAAAUUGCUGGAGAGAAAGAAGUUAUAAGGAAAACAUGUUAUGGCGGGCCAGGAAUUAUGCAGAUGCAGCAUUAUAUGAAAGAGCGCAAAGCAUGGAAACCCCAUCCUGUGAUCAACUACAGAACUUGUAUAAAUAGUGAUUGAUUUAUUUCAGACUGGUUUUAUUUUAAAGACUGGUUUACAAAUGUAUAGUGGUUUCAUGCCUAGAUUAAUUGUGAGGUCAGUCUGAUACAAUGUAUCAGUGUGUUGUUUUAUCUGAGUGAUUUGUACAGAAGAAAAUAAUGGUGACAACCAGAUGGCUUGGAAGCACUGUAGAAAGGAUAUGCCCACCUGUAGAAAAAUAUUGUUGAAUGAUUGAAUGCAUCAACUUUAAAUCAUUUUAGAAAAAUCCGUUGUGGCAUCAAGGUCUAGUCACUUUGACGGGUUGUUUCAUUCUUUGUUCUGCUGUAAACAACCUUUACUGUUUAAUUUUGGUAUUUGAGGAAUGAAAUAUUUCAACCUUUUAAUUAAACAUUGCAGCAUCAAAUUACAAUGUACAAAGUCUGCUCAUAGACCAGGUAGUGUUAAACAGAAAAAGCAUGAUAGACAGUCAUCAAAGUUCAUCUUGUGAAUGACCAAGCCAAUAAACAACAAUACCACUCACGUGCUUGGCAUUGAACUAGCCAAACUUUUAUAAAGUCCAGAAUCGAGUCAGCCUUGAAAGCAUGUUACCAGUGCAGGGCUUGCGGGCUUGUGCUCAUUUUGGCCACUCAAUAAACCGUUUAACAAUUGUACACUUUAAUCAUGCAUAAUGUUAUUUGAUGCUUUUUUAUCUUUAAGUGUGCACUUGAAAACAUAAUUGUUAUACUAAUAUGUCACCAGUUAAAAUUUUGCCAGCUUUUUAUAAAUACGUUAUUUGUAUAGAGAAUGUUUUAAUUUAUUUCACAAUUUGUAUGAUGUCAUGUUUUUGUACUCGUAUGUAUUUUACUGAUUAUUUCUAAUACAAAUGCACAUACAGACAACUAGACUAGGGUUCUGUUGAAAGAAGUUCAUGUAGAUGGACUUUGAUAAAAUAUACAAAUUUAUAGGUUUAUAGAAAUUGUCGACAAGAAUAUUAUAUUCAUCCAUGAAUGGAAGGAAAAAAUUGGCUUUUUUUUAAGUAGAACUUCCUGUAGAACUUUUUAAUUAAAAAGAUCAUCUAAAUUUCUGUAGAAAACUGGAUUAUUUUGUGAAUUGUUAAUACCAGGAUGACAUGAAGUGCAAUACUACAGUCUUUUAUAUAGUGCAUGAAAUGAUUUUAUAUUUUUCAUUUAGGUAACUUUUUUCAAUGACUCAUUUGACAAUUUAGAGAUUGAACACUGUGCCAGUCAUUAUUGAACCAAUUUUAAUUACUAGGCAAAAAUAGUUGUAUGUUUUCCUGCCAAAACAUGUCUUUUCCACGAAAGAAACUACCAAAACUGUAUACCAGAAAAAAAUAACAGUCAGGAACUUGUCCAAUAGCCAAAAAGUUAUGGUUAGGUUACAAAAAUUGUGGUAGGUUGGGAAACCCGGAAUUAUUCUUUCCUUAUACAAUGUACAAAAAAAAGAACCAUAUUAGUGUUGUAUCUUCGAUAUGUUUAACAAACCACGCUAGAUUUAUCACCCAAUAGUCAUUAGUCAUAACUUACAAUUAUGAAGUGAAAAAUGCAAUAUCAAAUACUGUGUACUUCCAAACAAAACAAACAUGUUUCUGGGUCACUGUUCGAAAAAGAACUGAUAAUAUUGUAAAGUAACAUCAUCAUAAAACUUAAAAUUAAGCAUGUGUUUAAACGAGUAGUGAACUUAAUUAAAUAUAGAAGGAAAAAGCUUGAUUUGAACUGGAUGGAACAUGCUGAGUUACCCAAAAUCCACCUGGAUGGAAUAUAGUAGUUCCAAACAGUCUUAUGCUGUUUCUUAGGAAAAUAAAACACACAGUUGGUGUAUGAACAUCAAGUUGUGGUUAUUGACUUGAUAAAUGUAUUUCUUUUAUUUCAUGUUUUGUGAUUUGUUGAAAAUAACAUUUUAUUCUGAUAAACUCACCAUAUGAAACAGUGAGUAUAUUGAAAUAUGAUUUCACCAUUUCUUUCGUUGUCUGUUUUACUAUGAAAACCAUACAUAAACAUGCAGUGCUGGAAAAAGAUUCCAAGGUAUCUUACCAUGUGAACACCAAAAGGACACAAACUUGAGUAUUAUAGCUUUUGGUGAUCACUCGAUGAAAUAUACUGCUAUCUUACGAUAAAACAAACAAUUAUCCCUAUCUUUUUAUGCUGUUGUCCCUAAAAUGUGUGGGAUCCAUCAACAUAUAUUUGCUUGAAAGAAUUUGUUUAGUUCUGUUUAGCUAGUAAUUAAGGUACUUUAACUGGUUUAAAAGCAACACUGACUAAACAAUGUUAUUUAUUAACAUUGCUAUAGAAAUUGUUAUAUUUAAAAUAUUUUGUUUUUGUGAAAAAAAAAUUAUGUAAAAAUUCAUCGUACAUAAUUUUGUAGUGAAACACAAACUCUUGAAAAAAUCUUUCUUAAGUUUCCUUUUAAACUUGAAUAAUAAGAACACAUGUAUUUGAAUUGAAUUGAACAAAGCCGCAUUGAAAUUGAGAGCACUGAGUAAUAGAAGGAGAUGAUAUCACAGAGCAAGCAUUCUUGGUACCAUACUUCUUCAUACAUGUAUGGUAGUUAUACAUGGCAUGUUCACAUUCUUACUGUGUUCUUAUAUUUCCUGAAGUAUAUUUUAGAGCCAUACUAAUCAGACAAGCUGUCAUUGAACAUUAUGAAUGGAGAAAACUUUCCCAUGAAAACAACUUAUAACAGUACAAGAUUGUGUGCCCUUCAAAUGCCUGAUAAAAGCAUAAAUUGAUAGGAAGUUUUAUUUCCCCUUUUCUCAUUUCCUUACAAUAUGCAGUAAGUAGUGUUUGUCCACUUUGAAAUUGGAAUUCAUUAAAUAAAUUCAUUUAGAUCUAUACAUAUAUCUGAAAUUUCACGAAUACAGCCCUCAAUCUUUAUAAAAUUCAUACUUACUGUGCAAGUGUGAUUUUUCACUAAUUUGAAUUGUAAAUAAAUUCACCCGGUUGUUGACCAGCAGCAAUUUAAUUUAAAGUAAUGUUUAAAAAAAAUAUAUUGAAAAUCUGUUUGAAAAAAUGUUUAAAUUUUUUUUAUAAAGAUUUGCAUCAGAGACAUAUUAUCUUGCCCAUGCCAUAUAAUGCUUAAUAUCUGAAUACAUAGAUACAAAGUUUUAAUCCUGAAUCUUGAAAAAUGAUUCCUUCAUACAUUGUUUUAAUAUUAUAUUGUCCUGCUAAACAUGUCAUAUAUAAAUACAGAUAAUCUUUACCAACAGUGUACCCCUGGGUACCUCAAACAUAAUCUAACUUCAACAUCAGUUUCCACAUUCCUGUCUUGAUGAAAUGUAUGAUUUGUUCUUGAUUUUUAUUGUAAUGUAUUUGUUAUUUACCAUAUAUUGUAUUCUCAGAGAUAAUUGUUGUUGAUAUCAUUCUAUGCCUGUUUUCACCUCGUGUGAAUCCUAAAGUCAAAUACAUUUUAACUCGAAA